AUGGUCCGCUCCUGCACCAUUGUUCUCGCCCUCACUCUCGCUGCAACGUCGUUCGCCGCCCCUUUGCCUUUGGAGCGCCGAACCACUCCAAUGGAGGAGGAUGAGCAGCUUGCAAUGCGAAGUUUCAUCGGGACCCAUCCAUUCCUGACCGCCGUUGGGAGUUACUUUUUGGCCAAAACAAUGGGGGGGAACAAUAAAGACGGGGCGGCCCAGGAGCGUGACUUGCAAGAUGACGACGAACAGCUUCUCGAGAUGAGGGACAUGGAUGACAACACGCCCUGGGUUGUGCUACGCGAUGCCAACAUGGAAUACGUGGCAUCAAUGGUUAGGUUUGGUGAUGUCCUCUAA